CAUGGCGGCUGCCGCCGGAAAUGGCGGAAGGGACGGGGCGGGGCCUCUGAGGCAGGAGCGGGAGGCAAGAUGGCGGCGCUGAGGCGCUGUGUGUGGUUGGCGUGGGCCAGUCGGGUCAGCAGUUGGUGUUACGCUCCGUCGCGCCGAGGACAAGCGCCGCUCGGUCCCCCAGCCUGCGCUCUGGGCCGCUCGCUGCGAUGGGCGUCGUCCUCCUCCCAGCCGGGCCCGACGGAGAGCGAUUGUAGUGAGGGACAGGUCUACCUCAGCGAGAGCUGCGUCAAGAGGCUGCUGGAGAUUGCAGAAGGAUCAGAGUUUCUCAGGCUGCAGGUGGAAGGAGGUGGUUGCUCUGGGUUCCAGUACAAGUUUUCUUUGGACACAGUUAUCAAUCCCGAUGACAGGGUGUUUGAACAAGGUGGUGCCCGUGUAGUUGUGGAUGUGGACAGCCUGGCCUUUGUGAAAGGUUCCAUGGUAGACUUCAGCCAGGAGCUGAUUCGCAGCUCAUUCCAGGUGGUGAGCAAUCCCCAGGCAGAGAAGGGAUGCUCCUGUGGGACUUCUUUCUCUGUCAAAUUCUGACUGGACUUCUUGUGGAUGGAUGCAGUCUGCAGAUGGUUCCUGGCAGCCUCCAGAGGGUUUUCUUUGAUCUUUUCUCAGCCAAUCCUUCUCAUCUUUCUAACCCUGUAAUACAGCAGAUACAGAUGACACCAGCUGUAUGUGUCUGAACUGAGCCUGUUUCCAAGACAUUUUGGUCUUCCUCUCAGAAAUAUGAAGUAACCAUAAUCACACAAACAGAGGCAUCUUCAGUACUGUGUGAACCACCUGCUCAGUGGUUCAGACUCACCUGCCUUCUUCAGAAUACGGAACCACUUGUCUCUACAAGAAAUGGCUGUAUAUAUAUACACAUGUUUAUUGAGAGUUCUCACUAAAAAAUAUAUGUAUUUGAGGUUGUUUGGUAUUACUCAUGCAUUUCUGGUGGGUAGAAUCUGGGUUCAUUCCAGCUAGGGCUGUUUACCCAUGUUUUUUUCAGCUGAGCUGGAUUUAUACCUGCCACUGUUGCUGGCUGUUCAACAUUCAGUGGUUUUGCUCAGAGUCCCUGGGAUGAAAGGUUUGACAUGUUCAAAGUAAAUGAAGCUCAAAAACUGAGAUAGCAAGAGUUAAUACCUAUUUGAUUUAUUUUUUUUAUUUUUUGGGGGCGGGGAAGUGGUGUGUGUGUGUGUAUGUAUAUAAAUAAAAUACAUAGCCUUCCAUCCCC